UAUAUUUAUUUAAAAAUAUUAAUGUUUGAGAAUUUCAUCUAACGCUUUUAAAUGGAAAAGUACUUUUAAUUUCUGACUGUAAUUAAAAACGGCAUGAGGAUAUACUUUCUAUAUAUUCUGUGCUAUUCCAAUCUAGCUGAUUGUACACCUAAACUCGCUCGUCUCUCUAUUGACUAAUAAAAUCUUUCUUAUUGUACGACCUUAUAGAAACUGUUUAUAUCAUACAUAACGUAUUUAUUAUGUCAGGUAUCAAUAUUCUUCUUCUCAGUGUUCGAUGAUUUCUCGAAACAGUGAGAUCGCGAAUUGGUUUAUAUAUCUCUAACAUUCACAAUCUGAAACGGUACUGUACUAUUGUUAAUUGCUAGGAUACUAUAUUUUAAUUAAGGCACAAUUUUAAUAUAUAUAGAAAUUUUCUUCUUUACAACAAACAAAAAUUAGUAUGGCUUUCCGAAAGCUUUCAACAAAUGACGAAAUAUUGUUAAUCGCUAUAAUAGCUCUUUCUACUGCUAUUAAUGCCGAAAAUAACAUUCCAUUUAAGUACCAAUUGCCGGAUUAUGUAGUACCGUUGCAUUAUGAAGUCAAAAUGACACUUGACUUUAAUAAGAAUCUCAUUCUUGGCGACUGCAACAUCACCAUUCAUAUUUUUCAUCAAACGCACAAUAUAACUAUAUAUCCAAUGACUUUCGCUAUAUAUAAAAUUAUUUUAAUUGACAACAUUCAUCAUCAAAAAAUUUAUAUCCCAUCGUAUACAUUCUUCCAUGAAUUGAACAUGCUUAUUAUUGUAUUUGAAGAACCAAAGUUUUUAUCACCUGGGAGAUACACACUAAAAAUCGCAUAUUUGAAUAACAAAUUAGUUGAUAACGAAGAAAAUAUCUUUGAAUCUUCAUAUCCAGAUCAGAUACGAAAUAAAACGUUAACUGUAGCAGAUAUUCAGACAAUAAAGACCUCACAAAUAUUUCCAUACUGGAACAAACCAGCAUUCAAAGCUACAUUUAGCAUUUCUAUUCAGCAUCACAAAAAAUACUCUUUCUUAUCUAAUGUGCCUGUACGAAUAACGGAAUAUGAAGAUAACAAUGACAUGAUGUGGACACACUUUGACAAAUCACCUUUCAUGUCCAAUGCUGCUCAACGUUUAAUGAUUAUGUUAACUACAUCCGACAGAAAUUUUAUUUUACUUCAAAAUGUCAUACGUGAGAACCAUACAUAUACAACAGAUCAUGUACAAUUUGGAAAACAAAUUUCCGAACAAGUCCUAUUUUUGGAAAAAGAGUGUGGAAUAAAAAUACCAAAAAUGAUUGAAUUCUUGGAUACCCAACAAAAUAGAAGUGAAGCAUGGAAACUCAUUCUGCAGAGUAAGUCAGACAAUAAAAAAUUAAAUCGCACUCUGCGCCAAGACGGAAUGACAAACUUAAUAGUGCUUCAAAUGGCAUCUCUUUGGUACAACGAUGUUUUUCUGUGGUCAAAAGAUGGUUUUGUUGCUUUUUGCGGAACGUAUAUCUUGAAUCAGAUUCUUCCGCAUUAUAGCAUAAUGGAUUUAUUUGUCGAUUUAAUAAAAAAAGAAUUUCUUAACUUGAAAAUUCCAUUUUAUAUAAACUCUUCAAUAACUAGCAUAAACAUCAUUGAAACAUGGGUUGAAAUAAAUAAGCUAGUUUUACAAGACGUUAAAUCAUCCAUUGUAUGGCGUAUCUUACAACAUCUAAUACCUGAUAAUGUAUUUGAAAGCACAAAUCACAUGCAAUUAAAUCUAAAAGCGGCAAUUCCAGAUGAUUUAUUGUCUAUUAUGCAAUAUGUUCAAAAUGUAAUAAAUACUGUAAACAAGUUUAAUGUAAAUGAAAUGAUGGAUAUUUUGACAACAGAAGAAUAUUCUAUUUUAAAUGUAACAAGCGAAAUACAUAAUGAGAAGAUAAAGUGGCAUUUAUCUUAUGAAUCAACAAGCAAAUUAUACCGGAUACUUAUGAUAUAUACGACACCACGUAAUUCUAGUAAGAGUAAUAAGAAUAAUUUUUCAUGGUUAACCACGCAGAAAUCAUCGCAUACGACUAAAAAAUUUCACAAAGACGAUUGGAUUAUAGUUAAUUUACAACAAGCUGGAUACUACCGUGUUAAUUAUGAUAUUGAAAAUUGGCGAAAACUCGCGCACUACUUGAAUUCUAAGUAUUAUACCAAAAUACAUGUUCUCAAGCGCGCCCAAAUCAUCAAUGACGCGUUUUACUUUUACAUGCAUAAACAACUUGAUCACGUUACGUUUUGGAAUCUCACAACCUUUUUAUCGCAAGAGAAGGAGUAUAUAGCAUGGUAUCCUAUGAUUAAAGCUUUUGAAUACAUGGCGUGUGUUUUUCCAAUUCAAAAUAUUCCAGACUUAAAGAUAAAAAUGAUAGAGCUAUUGAGGCCACUUCUUCGAUAUAUAGGAUACCAGGAAAGUUUCUUUCAAAACGACGUUAUUAAAUAUUUAAGACAAGAAGCUGUAAGAUGGAUAUGCAUUUUUGGUGCUCCCGAAUGCAAAGAGCAUGCCAUUUUUAAAUUGGAAAAAAGUCUUGAAGGAAAGUCUCAAAAUUCUGUAAACGACAAUAAUUUAAUAUGGAAAGAAUGGAUAUAUUGUAAUGGUUUGAUGACAGCAAAUGAUACUAUUUGGAGCAAUAUAUGGAGUAGAUGGACUUCAACACUUGAUAAUAGAUUGUUAAAAUAUCUAACUUGCUCUGAAAAUAGUUAUAUCAUUUCCAAUUUUUUAAAACUAACAAUGCAAAAUGAAUUUAUAAUCAAAGUGCCAAGCAAUACACGUAUUAAUAUAUUUUUUCUUAUUGUUGCGAAACAUGCAAAAGUCGGUUCAGUGCUUACUUUCAUUUUGGAACAUUUUGAAAACGUAACAUUCAGUUCAAAUAGGGAAAUUGACGAAAUUGCAACAUUAAUUGUAAUUAUUACGCAUGUGCAAUCUUCAUUUCACUUGCAAAAGAUAUUCAAUUUUGCGAUAUAUAAUAUGACAAUGAUACAUAUAACUCAGGCUCUUGAUAAAAAAGUAAGGCAACGAAAUAUGGAAUACAUGAGACAACUCAAAAACUACGACACCCUUUCAAACUACAAAAACGAUAACACUUCUAAAGAAGAAAGCGGUUAUCAAUAAAAAACAAUAAUUUUACCUGUGUUGCUAAUAUACAUUUAUAUAUUA